AUUUUCCAUAUUAGUUUAGUGUCACUUGGCAGAAAGCUAGAUCACUACUCUACUUAACCGCCGUUAAACCGGGCCUCUCGUAUAAGUACAAACGGAGUCCUGUAGAGCAAAUACUGAAAGUUGAAACAACUCAAAUGGCGCCAAAGGCAGCAGCGAAGAACAAAACUCCGUCACCUGAUCCCAACGGAAUAUUCUCUGGAAUGGCCGUGCUGUUGGUUGAAGACGGAGUUCAACCACGUCGAUUACAGAUAUGGAAGCAAAAACUGGUACAAAUGGGGGCUACGAUUGAGACUCGGUUAUCAAAGAAGGUAACUCACGUCUUUGCCGUGAACUCACAGGCUCUCCUCCAGCAAGUAGACAGAGAGCGGUUACAGCGGUUCAAGGGAAAAGUGCUUGAUUAUCUGUGGAUAGAGGAUAGCUUGAGAUUAGGAGAAAAAGUAUCUGAAGAGACGUACAGGGUACAAAUUGAUUUUGAAGGAAAAGGUAAUCAAAAUAAGUCUAUAGCCAGUGAAUUGUCCAAUGAACAAGCUUCUAGCAGUGACGAACUGUCGUCUCGUAGCAAAAAGUUCAGGUCAUCUUCGAUUGAAAAUGUCAAAAAUUCGAAACUGGAUGAAGAGAAGAACUCGAUAAUUAAGACGCCGGAAAGUCCUGGUGGUUCUUCUGAUAACUCGGCGCUUACUUUGAGCCCUGCGAAUCUUAGUCCGAAGGCUGUAACUAGUCCAAGCCAAGAUUCAUCCUUGGCGUACUGUCCCCCUGAUCUUAACAGGAAUAUUACUGAAAUAUUUGGAAAACUAAUCAACAUAUAUAGGGCACUGGGUGAUGAUCGCAGGUCAUUUAGCUAUUACAAGGCUAUUCCAGUUAUUGAGAAGUUGCCAUUCAAAAUUGAGAGUUCAGACCAGGUCAAGGAUCUGCCUGGGAUUGGGAAGUCUCUGCAGGAUCAUAUACAGGAGAUUGUGAGUACUGGUAAAUUAUCAAAGUUGGAGCAUUAUGAAAAUGACGAAAAGGUACGGACAAUUAGCCUGUUUGGGGAAGUUUGGGGUAUAGGUCCAGCUACGGCCCUCAAAUUGUAUGAUAAAGGGUACCGAACAUUGGAUGAUCUUAAGAAUGAGAUUUCAUUAACACAUGCACAGAAAAUAGGAUUGAAAUAUUUUGAUGAUAUCAAGACAAGGAUCCCACGCAAUGAGGUUCAAGAAAUGGAACAAAUUCUUCAGAAAGCUGGGUUAGAAAUAUUGCCUGGUGUAAAUAUCAUUUGUGGAGGAUCUUAUAGACGUGGAAAAUCCUCUUGUGGUGAUAUGGAUAUGGUGAUUACACACCCUGAUGGAACAAGUUCCAGCCAUAAAGGUUUUCUAUCAAAAUUUGUGAAGCAUUUGAAGGAUAUGAAAUUCUUAAGAGAGGAUCUGGUAUUCAGCACUCACAGCGAGGAGGGCACUGACUCAGGCGUCGAUACAUAUUUUGGUCUUUGUACAUAUCCUGGACGAGAACUACGCCACCGCAUUGAUUUCAAGGUAUAUCCAAGGGAUAUACAUGCAUUUGGUUUGAUAGCCUGGACUGGGAAUGAUGUUUUAAACAGAAGGUUGAGACUGUUGGCAGAAUCCAAAGGAUUUCGGCUUGAUGAUACUGGAUUAUUUCCUGCCACUCAUGCUUCAAGUGGCAAACGGGGUGCAAGGGCUACUGCAAGCCUGAGGUUGGACACUGAAAAAGCGGUUUUUGAUUUUCUGGGGUUCCCGUGGCUCGAACCUCACGAAAGGAAUCUCUGAUAUGGAUAUAUUCUGUGUUAGCACCAUGUACACAGUACAUAUGAAGUAUGAACACUUGAAGGAGCCACUGACUGCUGUGGAGCGGGUUGAAUGGAAACUGAGCUCAGUUUUUGCAGGUUUUUAUUUUGCGAUGCCAUUACUGUUCCGAGCUUUUGAACCUCCCGAACUGACUUCUGCUGUAGCUCUAAGUUAUGCAUAUUAGUGUACACGUGUUGUGAAUCAAUGUACAGUUAAGCUCUUAAGAGUCUCCUUUUGUAGUUUCAUGUUUGUAAUUUGUCCAGAUUAGUAGUUGGAAUAUAAGAGAAGACAUCCAACUUGGAAUUGCACAAGCAAACUAUCGAUCAAGUGAACAUCCGCUUGACAAGCAUUCAUCAAUGUUUUUAGAUAAGAGAAAUAAUACUUAUAAGAGGUAAAAAUGGGCAACAAAUAUUCAUUUCGCUCCUCCAA